AUGUCUUUCCAUCUCGGUCCCUCUGCUGGCCAGCACCUCCUCGACCCCUGGUCCCACGGCGUAGGCGUCAUGAGCGAUGUCUGCUCGCGCUGGUCGGAGCUCGACAUCACGCAGAUCGGGUCGCUUAUCGCCAUUGCAGGAACCGUACCCACGGCCUGGCGCUUCCUGCAGCGCAUCUGGCGCGAGGCCUACGGUUACAUCCGCCGCUUCUUCCUGGCCUCUGUCACAAUUCCAGGGGGUGAUCCUCUUAAUCGGAGCGUCGUUAAAUGGAUCAUGGAUCAUAGGGGGAGGCAUUAUCGAUCUUUUACUGGCCGCACCGACAUCGGACGUUCUCAUGGUGAUAGGGCUGCUGCGCUGAAAAAGACGCGACAUUCUGUUCAGUAUUGUCCUCAUUGGAACACGAGAUGGAUUUGGUACGGAAGAGGUCUUUUUCUGAUUACCCGCAGAAUUGAUGAUUUUUCUGCAUCUUUAUCCGAUCCCAGUUACGAUGGCAUCGGAGGCGAGGAAAUCACGGUGAGCAGCUUCGGUUGGUCAGCAGAACCCAUCAAGACAUUUAUCGAAACCUGUCGCGAAUAUUCCGACAGACAAACACAAUUCUUUGUCAUCAUCUACUCUCGGGAUCGUUACGGUCUCGCCUGGAAGCCGAAAGCCCGGAAACCAAUUCGACAUCUCGAUACCGUCCACUUUGACGACGAGAUUAAGCAGGAUCUACUAGUCGACAUCAGAAACUACCUCGACCCCAAGACGCAGAAGCGGUAUCAGAGCCGCAGCAUGCCCUACCGGAGGGGGUAUCUCUUCUACGGGCCUCCCGGAACUGGAAAGUCAUCACUAUCUGUGGCCAUUGCCGGCGAGUUUGGUCUUGACCUGUACGAAGUCAAGAUCCCAAGCGUCGCGACAGAUGCCGAUCUAGAGCAAAUGUUCCAAGAAAUUCCCCCACGUUGUGUCGUUCUACUCGAAGACAUUGACGCCGUAUGGGUAGACCGGUCAAGCAAUGAAAAGAAUAACCAAGACGGCAACCACGCACCAAACUGCACUCUAUCCGGCCUCUUGAACGUCCUAGACGGAGUAGGAUCACAAGAGGGUCGCAUCGUCAUAAUGACAACAAAUCGACCAGACCAGCUCGACAGCGCACUAAUAAGACCCGGCCGCGUCGACAUGAAAGUGCUCCUCGGCAACAUAAGCCAAAAGUCUGCAGAAGAAAUGUUUAUCCGCAUGUUCUCCCCCGACCUAGGCUGCACGUCACAUUUAGACAUGCAAGAGAUUCGAGCGCUGGCAAAGCAAUUCGCCAGCGCGAUACCUGAAGAUACGUUCACGCCUUCUCUGCUCCAAGGGUUCUUCCAGCUUCAUCUGGAGAGCCCUCAAGAGGCUGCUUCGAGUAUUGCUUCGUGGGUCAAGAAGGAGUUGGAGAAGAGUUCAGAUAAGGAGUUUGAAGUAAUAACUAGCAAAAGGAGGGUGUAA